AUGCGGCUGCUACACGAUAUUUGGAACUGGAUUUCACAAACGGUCGUGCCUAGCCACAGGGAUGUGUUAUGCGAAGAGUAUGCCGAGUACCAAUCGAGAAAUGCAUUCGCCGACAAAUUUCCUCCGACCUUAACGGCAUCCGAUGGAAGACUCAUUUCCAAGCUGAUAACAUCUACCAUAUCAUACUACGUUACUGAACGCGUCAUGAUUAAGCGACAGCCACACCCUAGCGAACUCGGCAUGGACAUAUAUGGAAAUCCCGUGGUAAACCCCUACAUUGCCGAUAGACUGCGGAAUGAAGCUGCUGUGCUGCGGUAUCUGCGUGCCACAACCACACUACCCGUUCCAGAAGUUCUAGAUCUGCAAGAAGCAAAUGGUCUUGUAUACCUUAAAACGUCUUGGAUUGAGGGAGCUAUUGAGCUUGCCAGAGUACCUGCUGAGAGAAUGGAAGCUGCUGUGACUAUAGUUUCAUCGCAGCUUGAAUCCGAAAUUCUACCUCAGUUACGCAAACUACGCUCACAUCGCAUGGGCAGCCCGGAUGCCGAUCUGCCUAUUAUUCCACCUGAGCGGUUCUGGGAGUGGAAAGAAAACCGCCAGUGGCCAGCAAUUGCGGGCGACUACGUGUUUUGCCACAUAGAUCUCGAUCGGCAAAAUAUCUUGGUUGACCCAGACACAUACAAGAUCGUUGCAAUUAUAGACUGGGAGACGGCCGGCUUUUUCCCACUAGAGUGGGAACUGCCAUUCUGGAAGCAAAGCACCAAAAAAGAGAAGUUCGAUUUGAUUGAAGUUGCUAAAGAGAAUGAGAAGGGUUUUUUCUCUAGCUAA